AUGUUUUUCACAGGUGACGGAGAAGAGCACACGAAAAGCCUGGCACGAGCUAAGAUACUGCUCGAGGAGAGCAGGCCCGGUCUCUGGUACGGCCCCUAUUGCUCUCCCGGGAAAAUCCGUUAUGUUAUUUUGCAGGCCAUUCACCCGGACGAAGAGCUCCUGGUUUGGUACGACGGCGAGCUGCCUCACUACAUGGGCAUUCCAGAUGCCUUGCUGCCAUCGGACACGCCGGUAAAGGAGAAGCCGCAAGACGGCAGCAGUGGCCCACGCUCGUGUGUCAACGGGAGCGGCGGCAGCAUCUACGGCUCGUCUACGGCGCCUAGUGGCGGCUCAGGCCGGCUGAAGUGUGUGGUGUGCAGGCUGGGCUUCAACUCACGAAGCAACCUGCGUUCCCACAUGCGCACACACACGCUGGAGAAGCCCUUCGCGUGCAAGUUCUGCGGCCGCUCGUUCAGCCAGUCCUCGACGCUUAGGAACCAUCUGCGGCUGCACACCGGUGAGCGACCGUACAAAUGCCUGGUGUGCCAGCGUGCCUACAGUCAGUUGGCGGGACUGCGUGUUCACCAGCGCAGUGCUCGGCACAGGCCUCAGAGUGGCGCUCCUCCUGGCAGGGAGUUUGGCGACGAGGGAUGUGGUCGUGACGAAGUCAGGUCCCGGAGAGGGCCGCUGCCUGAGGUGCCGACUCGGAAGGAACAGGCCCUGCCCUUGUGCCGACCCCAAGGACCCGCGACAGCGAACCCAUUGCAUAGCUCCCUGCUCUCUGUGAGUUACCUGCAGAAGCUCCUUGGUUCCAGUGUUAAACCGUGUGGGGACUCAAUGACAAUCUAGGGAGGAACCAAGAGCAGCAGUGAACACAUGUGCAGGUCUGAAGACUAUCUGCCGGCUGUAGGGUGUCGUGCAGCUGCAUACUAGAGCAAGGAAGAGCUAAGUCGCUGGAAAUACGGCUGCUUCAGAGACUUGUGUGGGCCUGCAAACAAGGAAAAAAGAGCGCAAUACCCUUUGGGCCACCCAUGUUCAGCUGUAGAAGAGGAGAAGUAAAAAAAAAAAAGGAAUUUAGUUUGCAGGGAUCAGCUUGCUUCGUCGCUCUUGUUGACAAUGAACAAAUAAUGUAUGGCUUGAAGCGUCAAGGGAAUAAAAUCAACGACUCAAUGAAUAAAUUAAUGAAAAUUAUUUAUUCGUCAGAAAAGAACGAGAGACAAGGAAAGGCAGGGACUUGACCACACGCAUGUCCAAUUUGCUACCCUGCAUUGGGGGAGAGGGAAUGAAGCGGCGAAAGGAGAGAAAAAAGGGAAGAGAGAGCACACUAGUCGCGCGCGAUCUUGAAGGUGCACACUAAGUAUAGAAAUGGUCGCAGAGACCUGCCGACCUAAAAUACUCUAACAGAGCAUUCGUUGCUUUCUCCAACAGCGACAGAUAUGGUUCAAGAAUCUUGCUUUCUGAGAACUUUCUUAGUCUGUCCGGAGUGCGCGGCACUGGUCAUGGGAAGAAGA